ACUUACCUAUCAUACAACUCAACACAUUUGUACUUGACGGUGUUAUCCACACCAAAUUCAUCAGCAAGCUUAAAUAUAAAUUCGACAACUUUUGGUGAAAACGAUCUGUGCGGUUACAAGCAUAGACCUAAAAAAUGGUUACAAGUUGUAGUCACAAACUUACCACAGCACACUAUUCUACGUCUACAAAGGUUUUUUUUCUUCAUAAAAACAUUGGUGCGCCUGCCCGGUUGAAGAUAAGUUAUCAGUUAUCUAUCUGACACCAUUUUGUCGGUGAUCCAGUUUAUCAGACAAAAACAGUAUAAUUAUUAAUUUAUACGAUUAUCAUGAACACCACGAUAACACUAUAAUAUUGAAGUGUUGAAUAGUUGGGCUGUCGGGAUACUACUUACACAAAUGACAUCAUAGGUGGCCAUAGCAAAUGAAGAUAGAAUAUCUUCAUUUUGCGUAGUGGACGAACGAAAAAACAAAAUCAUCAUAUGGCUCCUAUAAGGGAUUUUGAUAUUUGUUUCACGAUGCAAACAGUAUCUAAACUACCUAUUAAGUGUUUUGUCAACAUGUGAUAGCAAGUUGACGGAUAAACGAUUAAAAAUGGUAGACACAAACACCAAGGAUGAAGAACCUCUAGUCGAAGACUCUUCAAUAAUUACAUCAUUUUCAAAAAUUAGUACGGCUCUUUUCUAUGCCGCUGCGUCUAUGUUAAUCACUGUAGUGAAUAAAUCUGUACUAACUAGUUAUGGGUUUCCGUCCUUCCAAUUUCUAGCCAUUUGCCAAAUGUUUAUGACAAUUUUUGUACUGUUUACAGCCAAAAGUCUUGGAAAACUAAAAUUUCCAGAUUUAAAUAGCCACACAUUUAAAGAUACGUUUCCAAUGCCUCUAAUAUAUUUAGGUAAUAUGGAGUUUGGUUUAGGCGGUACCAAAGAAUUAAGCUUGCCAAUGUUCACCAUGUUAAGACGUUUCUCUAUACUGAUAACCAUGUUGGGUGAAUACUAUUUGCUCAACAUUAGGCCCAAGUUUUCUGUCAAAAUAUCGGUUGGCAUGAUGGUGUCUGGUGCCAUUAUAGCAGCAAGUAAUGACCUAGGAUUCAAUUUAAACGGAUACAUGUUUGUACUGUUUAAUGAUUUCCUGACUGCUGCAAAUGGAGUAUUCACCAAAAAAAAAUUAAACUCCAAAAAAGAAAUGGGGAAAUAUGGACUUAUGUAUUACUCAUCUUUGUUCAUGAUACCGCCUGCUUUAAUACUGUUAUAUUUUUCGGGCGAUCUAGAUAAAGUAUACAGAUUCAGUUAUUGGUUGCAUACACCGUUUUUAAUCCAAAUUUUCAUCUCAUCUAUAAUGGGCUUUAUUUUAAAUUAUAGCAUAAUGCUAUGUACUCAAUACAAUUCAGCUUUGACAACAACAAUUAUCGGAUGUCUUAAAAAUAUAUUUGUUACCUAUAUGGGUAUGUUUAUUGGUGGUGACUAUGUGUACACAUUGAAUAAUUUCAUUGGUAUUAAUAUCAGUGUUAUUGGUAGUCUAUUUUAUACUUAUGUUACAUUCAGACCAUCUUCACCAUCUCAAAUUAAGUUGCCAAAUACUAUAAAUGUAUAAAACUUUGUUCUAUACAAUAUUGUCUGAUUUAUAUCAAAUUAAAUUUAUUAAUUAUAAUUUAUAAUACUAGUUACCUUUUAAAUUAUUGUAUUUUAUUUUUCAUUGUGUAUUUUACUUGUAUG